AUUGCUACCACAAGUAUAAAUAGUUUCGCUUACGAUAGUUGGUUUAUCAGUUUCAAGUCUACUUCAUCCAGACAAGUACUAAGAACUUAAAAAUGUUUUUCAAAACCAUAGUUUUCUUCGCCGUCUUGGCUGUAGCUUUAGCUGUGCCAGCUCCAGAAGCGAAAGCUGACCCCAAAGCCAAACCGUGGUUAGCCUACAGUGCUCCCUUGGUAGCCUCAGCUCCUGUAGCCUACAGCGCCGCCUAUAGUGCUCCUUUGACUUAUGCUGCUGCUCCAUUAGCCUACAGCGCUUAUCCAGCUUAUUCUGCUUAUGCGUCACCUUAUGUGGCUGCUGUACUUUAAAUCCUUUUGUUAUUAAGUUAUAAGAAUAAUAAAAAUGUGUUGAGAUGA